AAAUACUGGAAAAAUUAGAGGUGAUUUUAAAAAGUAAAAUCCGUUACCCCGGGAAACGGAAGUCGUGCUGGCGGCGACUUCCGGUGCUGAUGGAGCGGCUCCUGGACUGAAAAAAAUGGUAAAGAUCGCGGGAGAGGGAGCCGUGAGAGCGCCGGAGUGACGCCAGGGGAGGCGGGUAACUGUGGAAGACACAGCACCCUCGCAUCUCAUCACCUCAUCACAUCCUCCCCCAUCAACUGCACCCUUUUCCUCCAUCAGCCGCACCGCCUUCCUCCUCCAGCAGUCAGUCCCAUCUACUCCCUCCACAGCCGCCCUCCUUCCAUCCAAGUCCCUUUUCCCUCAUUCUCUCCUACUCCCAACCUCUUCACAUCCUCCUCCUGCCCCACCUUAACCCACCCUUCUCCUCCUCCUACCCUGAAGCCUCCCCAGCAUAUCAAUCCCCUUUUCCUUUCCACUCUCCUCAAUGUCUUCUACCACACUUACCCCAUCCCUUCAGCACUAAUCCUAAUCUGCCCCAGUAACAUAUCAGGGUCACCACAUCCUGAAGCCUGACUACAUUCCUUAUGUUUCUGCCCUGCUUGGCAUUUGAACACAUAUAUCUCAUUGUUGACAAUUCAUUUCCCACUCCUCCAUAGACCCUUUGAGUUCCGCCUGCAGUUUUUUUUUCUUCCAGAUUCCAGCAGCUGUAGUCUCUUGCAUAAUCCUUGUGUUUUCUCUGCUAGCACACAUUCCUCGUGUGUCCUCUCCUCAUAUCAGUUCUUUUCAUAGUCAACCACCUAUUAGUAUCCUCUCCAGUCACUUUUGCUCCUCCACAACCCUACAUCUUGAACAUCCUACCUCACAGCACCACAUCACUGAUCAGUCUUGCACUCCUUUCCCCUCAACACACGAGCCUCUUCUGCAAACCAAUGUCUCCUCCUGUCCUUCCUCAGCCAUCACUCACCUGCAUCAAUUCUUUCUCCCCCACUGUCAGUACUUCUGAUUCCCCAACCGAUGAUGGACCCUCAAUCCUACCACACUCUGAAACCUCUACUCCUCAGUACAACCCUCAUUCCACUGGUGUUAUGGCAUGCAGCCUCAAACAGCCUUCCUCCCCUAGUAAGCACUCUUACCAUGCACCACAGAACUAUCCUACCUCAACUUCGAACGAACCCCUCCCUUUUCAAAUGUUGCCUCUACCUUGCAACACAACUUUCCACCAGACAUUUCCCCUCCAUCCCUCCCUUCAAGUGGUCUCUCCGAGCAUUCCCAUUCCACCCUCGGCACUCUAUCCAUUUCAUGUCUUUCCUCCGAAUGCACCACUAACACCUCCUUUCUCCAAGCCCAACAUCCAAUCCUCCCACGUAAUCCCUAUAUCUACUGAGCCCAAACACUCUCCUGACGACCCUUCCCUGUCCAUUGUCCCUUUCUUCAAAAACAGCCCUCUUCAUGAGCACAAUGUUCUCCCACCAAGUUACCGUCCCUAUAAACACUCAGAGUCUCCAGCACUCCUUCACACUCUGCAACCCCAACGCUCCUCCCUCGAAACACCAUCCCUCCGUUCCCAGCAAACUCACCCUCCAAAUACAAUCCUUUCAUCUCCAACAAUCCUUCCCUCCAAACUCUCCCCUGUCACAGUCAGUGAACCUACCCUCCUAAUGCAACCCCUAGACACUCAACUCUCCCUCCCCCCAAAUACUUUACCCCAAAUACCCCCUUCCUCCACACCCAACUCACCUUUUCCUGCACACUCCCUCCCCCAACAACCGCCCAGCACACCACCUCCACCCCCAGUGCUGCCUCUCUAUAAAGAUGGCACCUCCACCCUCAAAAAUGUCAUUCCCCAAACACAUCAUCUCGAUUCCCAGCAGCCUCUCUCUCCCCAACACCCCCUACCGCCAAAUAGUCCACCUCCACCCCCAGCACCCCUUCCAGACAACAGCCACUCCUGCCAAAUACUACCCCAUGACCCUCAACACCCACUCUCUCCAUCCUCAAAACCCUCUCCCUCCAAACCUUCCUCCUCCACCCACAAUGUUGUCUCCCUCCAAACUCAACAUGGUCCCUCUAAACUCUGCUCCUCCACCCUCCAAACCCUAGCCCUCCACUCCAAGCACCCCCUCCCUCCACCCAUUCCCCCUCCACCUCCGAUACCUCCUCCCUCGAACACUCCCACCUUCAAAACACCCCCUCCACCCACAACACCUCCUCCCCCUCCAAUCUCUCCCUUAACACUCCCCUCCCUCGAAACGCACCCCCUCUACUCCCAACACUUCCUUCACCCACCCUCUCCUCCUCCGCCCACAACGUCACCUUCCCGCCUUCCAUCAACUCCCUCCUCCCUUGAAAACCUACCUAUCCACUCCCAGCACUACCUCUAUCCGACCUCUGCCCCUCCACCCACUGCACCCUAUCCCCACCCACUCACUCCUUCAGUACUUCCCUCCCUUGUAACAUGUCCAUUCCACCCCCAGCACUACAUCCAUCUAACCUCUCCCCCUGCACUCCAUCAGGCAAUACUCCCUUACCUCGAGACAUGUCCCCUACAACCCCAACAGUACCUCCAUCCGACGUCUCCCCCUCCACCCACAGCACCCCCUCCACCUCCACUCACUCCCUCAAUUCUCCCCUCCAUUGAAAUGUGCCCCCUCCAUUCCCAACAUUACCAUCAUCCAAACUGUCUCCCUAAAUCUCCUCUCACCAAACACAACAGCUCCACCCAUCCCCACUCCCCCAACACCACCCGCCCCUCAAAACCCAUUCCCUCCUCCCGAUCUGCCUCUUCUUCUAAACAUUCCCAAUAUCCCUCCAACUUCCCUCCCAAUCCUUGUCCUUUUAAACAAUUCACCUCCACUCUCGCUGCUCCACAUCCAGACACAGCAACCUCACUCCCCUUUCCCCUACAUUUGGACACCACACUUCCACACCCUCCAAACACGCCGCCCCCACCCCUCCCUCCUCCCAAGCUUUUCCCCACUGCCUCCAAUGUGUCCUCCCUCCCUACAAUCCCCCUGCAACCCCAACACACCCUCCCUCCAUCCCCAACAUGCAUUCCCUCCGAGUACCCCACUCCUCCCCCCAAAUCACCACCUGCACCCCAACAACCGCCCUCUCCCACUCAACUCUCCGUCCUGCCAAACAUUCAGGCUUCAAUUCAAUCCCCUCCCUCCAAACAUUCGUCCAACGUCUUCAUCUACCCAAACAAACCAUGUCUACAAACUACCCCUCCCUGUCCUCCUUGCAAAACCCUUCCCUCCAGCACUCGCCCAUCAUCACAAUGCUCUCUCUCCACGCUAACGCAACUUCUCCACGUGCAACACUCUCUCCCUCCAAAAACUCUCCCUCCCCCUCCACCCACACCUCCAACGCCUCCUCCAUCUCUGCACUGCCAGCACCCCAUCCUGCCAAAUACUCCCCCUCCACCUCCAACUCCCCCUCCACCCCCAACGCCUCCUCCAUCCAAACUGUCUCCCUCCCCUACCCGCAACAAUUCUUCCCUUCAAUCACUUCACCUCCAACGCCAUCUUCCUCCACUCUCUAACUCUGCUAACCUCCCUUCAAACUUUUCCUUGCAAUCCCAAUGUCAUCUCCCUCCCAGUUCCCCCCCUCCGCUGCCCGCACUCCCCUCCCUUCCAGAUCUUCCCCUCCGUGCCCCUCAUUCCCCUCCCACCAAGCUCUCCUCUGCCUCUCACACUCCCCUCCCUCCGAUCUGUCCCCCUCCACCCCCACACUCCCCUCCCUCCAAGCUAUUCUCUUCUGCACCCCAAACUCCCCUCCCUCCAAGCACCCCCCCUCCACCUCCCACACUCCCUGGCUUCCCUUUCCCCCUUCAUCCCCCACACUCCCCUCCCUGCAAGCUCUCCCCUUCCACCUCCUACACUCUCCUCCCUUCUCCCUCCACUGCCCACGCUCCUCUCCCUCCAAGCUGUCCUCCUCCACCCCCCAUCCACACACUCCCCAUGUACCAAACUGUCCCCCUUCGCCCCCCUCACUCCCCACCUACCAAGCUUUUCCCCUCUGCUCCACACACUCCCCUGCCUCCAAACUCUCCCCCUCUGCCCCCACACUCCCCUCCCUCCAAACUUUGUCCCUCCACCUGCAAUGUCCUCAGUGCACACCCUCUGCACACCAACCCCUCCCUCCAAACUUCUCCCUCACCUCCAAAGCAGCCUCUUUCCAUCGCCACCAGUAAACAUCCUCUCCCUCCAAAUAUACCUUCACUUCCAGCAUCUUCAUUGUCCAAACUCUCCCUCCCCACCCACACCAUCUCCCUCCAACGGUACCCCUUCACUCAAUAAAUAACCUCUAAGUACUCACCCUCCAUCCCUUGCAUCCCUCUUACUCCCUCAUAAUAAUCCCUGUCCACCCGGACUCUCCAGACCUUUCCAACAAAGAUGGCUCAUCCUUCCUCUGUAAACACUUCCACUUCCUCCUUCUUCCCAAUCUGUCCUUCAUUUGCAUUCUCAACAUACCAUCAAUCCGCUUCGUCAAACAUUCCCAUUUCCCACUAAGCAUCUCCCCCUCCCUGAAAACAUUCCUCUUUCUAAAACAUUCCCCCAAAAGCUCAUUCUCAAAAGACCCUUCCUUCCCCCUCCCUGACACCUUCUUUUCUACAAACCUUCCUUAAUCCACCCACCUCUAUUUCCUUCUGUUGCCCCCCUUCACCCUCUGUGCCUGCCUCCCUCUCCCACAAUCUGUUGUGAAACUCUACUUUGGCUCAGCUAAACCUGUCUUAAACAUGGGGAUACCAAUCACAGAUGCAGCCCGUUGAUUUUCUCUAGGUCUGUCUGCUUUACUUGCAAUUUGUAAUUUUUUUCUCUUGCCUGUGAAUAAUGAUUCAUCAGUUGUUUAUUUGUUAAGCUUUCAUAUUGAAAUGUCUUUUGCUUCUUUUUCUCCAGGACUUCAAGAGCAUACUUUAACCCUUUCUCUCACCCCUAAACCAUGUGUUCAACUAUGCUUUAGUUUUGGAUCAAACUUUUCAGUAAAUUAUCUUUUCGUGCAUUCUUGUGAUUUGCCAUAUACAUAUCUGUACUGGGUGAAAUAACAUUGAAUUACCCUUUGAAAAGAAACUUCAAAGAACAAAGGACAAUGGCCUCAGCUUCAGGCAACAAUGAUGAUGACUUAACUAUUCCAAGAGCUACCAUCAACAAGAUUAUCAAAGAGAUCCUACCCAAUAUCAGGGUAGCAAAUGAUGCCAGGGAGAUGGUGGUGAACUGCUGCACCGAGUUUAUUCAUUUAGUAUCUUCAGAAGCAUAUGAAAUCUGCAGUCAGUCCGAUAAGAAAACCAUCUCACCAGAGCACAUCAUGCAAGCUUUGGAACGUCUAGGUUUUGGAUCAUAUUUAUCUGAAGCAAAGGAGGUUCUGCGGGAAUGCAAGAUAGUGGCCCUUGAAAGGAGGAAGGCCAACUCACGUCUCGAGAACCUGGGCAUCCCUGAAGAAGAACUGUUACGUCAACAGCAAGAGUUGUUUGCGAAAGCUCGACAACAGCAGGCUGCACAGGUGCAGCAGGAGUGGCUUGAGAUGCAACAGGCUACUCAGCAGGCUCAGCUCACAGCAGUAACCACCAAGGCUGGGUCUUCACAGGAUGAGGUUGAGGAAGAAGAUGUCUAACCAUCGUUCAAGCCAUCUCGCUCCCUCUUUGCCACCCUCUCCUGUCUACUUAGGUCCUGCCAUGUAUCAAAAUGGCAGUGCAGAUGGUCAUUGGCCGAAGGUAUCUUGUGCCCUCAGCUUGAGUCUGAAAUACUGGCUGUGGAAUUUUAAACAGACUAAAAGAGGGAAGAAAAGGAUAUCAUCGUGCCUUUGGACUGAACUAGUUUAAAAACUUGAUGUGGUCUGAGUUGGACAAAUUACUUGCGUGGACCUUCAGAUCAUAAACUGUUAUAUGUUCAACAGAUUUUGGUUAACUGAAGUUAAAUGUUAAAUGGUUAAAAGUUCACUGUUGAGCUUGUUUUGUGGGUUUUGCUGAUGUUAGAUAAUUGAAGAUUGUUGCCUUGUUUACAGUUAUGGUAUGAUGAAAGUGGAGUAGGUAUUUCUUUGAAUGUAAGCAUGAUGGUAUGUAUAUGUAUAUUUUUAUUUACUGAUCCUCUGUCUAUCCUUCCUGCUACUUAUCAUGAUAGUGUUUCAUGCUGUGAUCAAUUUUUUAAGUUUCUCAGUGAGUGGGCAUCAUCAACAAGAUGUAAUGUAUUGCUUUCUCCGCCCUCUCUAAAUGCUAGGUAGGUGGUGGAAUGUUUUUAGCUGUUUUAUGGUUUGCCAGGCCACAUUACAGACCCAGAGACUAGAGAGGCACCAGUAAGUGUGGCAUUUUUACUGUGUGCAAAGUAACUCAUCUCGAUAACUGGCAGCUUUAAGAACAUAAGGAAUAGAAACAGGAGUUGGCCAAACUGGGUAUUUCCAAAAUUCUCACAUAUUUCAUCUGCCCCCAGUUCAUUCUAUGUUGUUAUCACUCAAAACCUCUCUGCAUCCUCCUUACAAUGAAUACCAUCAUCCAGCUUGUUUGGUCAACAAGCUUGGAUACAAUACAUGUGAUCAUCUCAUCCAUUUGUAUAGCUGGGACACUCACUUGUCAUGAACUCCCAAAUGGAAACUCUGCCAUUUUUCUACCUCCAGGCGUGCCUUAAACAAUCCUUGUGUGAUGCCAGUCUAGUGAUCUCUCUUGUAUGUGACAUCUCUUCAGAGGCUUGCUGGAAGCUCAGUUACUUUCAAUGCAUCCACUGGAUUAGUCCUAUCCAACUUGUUGCAACCUCAAAAAAGACUUAAUGGAUAUAUGAACCAUAACUCCCAUCCCUAUUGUUAUUCCCUAAUUGCCCUGUACACACUACCGUAUUUCUAGGUUCUACCACUUUUCCUACUGAUGUCAAACUAACUGUAUUUCCCCAAUUUCUCCCUCUCCCUAUCCUAUUCUUUCCUUUCUUAAAUAGUGGAUUUCAUUUAUUACUUUCCAAACUGCAGGAAUCAUUCUCAGACUAAGUUUUGAAGAAUGAUAGCCAACCACAAUUUUCAAAACUUUGGAAUCCACACCAUCAAACCCUGACAAUUUAUCAAUUUUCAGUCUCCAUUAAUUUGUACUGUCCUCAUUUCCUUUAGGAGUUGGGCCAAAGGGCCUGUUUCUCUGCUGUGCAAUUCUACAACUCCAAAGUUUUAUCGAGGUCUUUUCGGUCUUCUCUACCAAUGGAUAUUUGUUACUGGUACAAAAAAUUGGUAAUGUAUCAUUGGUCAUGCAUUGAAAUGUUAUUUGCACUGUAGGUGCUGUAAAUGUGGAACUUGCUCCCAGUUGUGUUUUUAACAUCAGCUUGGACAAACACAUUAGAAGAAAAGGAAUCUUUAGUUAAAUUAAGAGUAAGAUGGAGAGGGGUGGAAGGAAGUUCAUACAGAAUGUAACAGACUGAACAGGCUAAACUGUGUCUCUCUACCUUCCAGUACAAUGUAGCCUCUUAAUUCAAAUUACGGUAAAAUAAUGAUUUAAAUGUUUUUGUCCCUUCCCAAGAAAUUGUGCUUGACCCGCACUAUGAGCUGAAUAGAGUUGGAAAUUCCAUCACUGCAGCCAAGAUUAUUUGUACACUGAUGCACUGCCAUCCUUACAAAUGUGAGGUUUUCCUUUUAACUAACAUAUUUACAAAUGCUGAUGUAUUUAAACGGAGCUGCUUCUUUGUGAUACCUUUUCACAUUGGGGCUUCGUCAGACUGUGCAACCAUUUCACAAAACCAGAGGAUUUAUCUGUCUAGCAGUGUUACUAUUGUUUUGUUUCUUCUGAGUCCUAUCCACCUCAUCCUUGCCCAUGUAACUGGUAUGGAUGUUGGGGUACUCAAAGUUCAAAGUAAAUUUAUUAUCAAAGUAUGUCACCAUAUACUACCCUACCCUGAAUCUCAAGAUGCGUAGUGAUGGCAAACUAUCCAGCUAUAGGCGGCACCACGCUAAACUAAAUUCAGAGUUUGCUUACUGUUAGUACAUUUGCAUUUUCGGACAAGAUUGUUGGUUAAUAAUCAGGGAUGAGAACACUUUUAGGUUGAAAACCCUUGGCUUCAGCUCUACUGAGGCAAGCGUAUAGCCGAUGUCAAUUCCAGACAAGAAUGAUGCGUAAGCUCAGUAGGUGUCGUUCCAUAUGGACUUCUUUCCGCUUCCAUGGCAGAGGACGUGUCUCCACUCCUGAGACCUCAGUGCAUAAUUGAAGUAGAUCAUUAAAUGCAGUACUGAGGUGUGACUGCAAUUUUUAGAUGGGACUUUAAAUAGAAGCACUGUCUACCUAUUCAUGGUGAACAAGGAUGAUGUUAUUGGACUUUACACAGAGCAAAUAUCCCCAAUGUCCUGGCUAAUUGUUAUGGUUUAUUACCUCAUUGCUAUAUAUGAGAUCUUGCUAUAAGAAAAUUGGUUGCCACAUUUUGUACAUGAAGCAAUUAAAAGUAUUAAUUGACUGGAAAGUGAUUUGGGAUGUUUUUCUUUUAUGUAUUCGUUCAAGGGAUCUGGGCUUCACAAGUUCUAUUUCAUGAGAAGUUUGAGGAGAUUUGGUAUGUCGCCAAAGACACUAGAAAAUUUCUACAGAUGUAUUGUGGAGCACAUUUUGACUAGUUGCAUCACCAUCUGGUAUAGAGGCGCCAGUGCACAGGAUCAGAAAAAGCAGCAGAGGAUUGUCAACUCAGCCAGCUCCAACUGUGGACACAAGCCCCUCCAUUAUCAAGGACAUCUUCAGUACCCGAUGCCUCUAGAAGCUGGCAUCUAUCACUAAGGGUACCUUACCAUCCAGGACAUGCCCUCUUUUCGUUGCUACCAUCAAGGAAGAGGUACAGAAGCCUGAAGACACACACUCAACAUAGAAACAGCUUCUUCCAGCUAAUCAGCCAUUGUCUAAUCUUUCCAGCCAUUCUCUACAUAAACCUUUAAACUUCUCUAGAACACAGAAGGAGAGAGAUCCUGCUCAUAGCUACUGCCCUCAUUCUACAACACACACACAAAAUGCUGGUAGAACACAGCAGGCUAGGCAGCAUCUAUAGGGAGAGGCGG